AUGGCACAGGGGAAAUUUGGAAUGAAGGGUCGAAGCUCACAAGGUGAUGUUAAAGUGACGAGUUUUUUCCUUCCUAAGAAGAAGCCCAAUAAUGACAUGCUUAGCCAGGAUUUUGGCAAGACCCACAGCCAAGGAACUAGAUUAGGAUCUGGUCUGAGCCAGGGUUCAAGCCAAAAUUCUGGCCAUAUUUCUAGUCAGGGAUCUAAUUCUUCUUCUCAGGAGUUCAAUAGGGGUGUUACUAGAGAGUCGAGUAUAUUAAAACCGCUUGAUGUUAUCCCUGAUAAAGUACUUGAAAAUAUUCACAGGAGCUCUUCGGGGCUAUUCAAAUCAAAUGGAUUUGAAGAUGAAAAUUUGCCAAGGGCUCCUUCUCCAGAAGAAAGUUAUUUGGACGGAGAUCCGAUUUCAGUAGUUGACCUUACACAACCAGACUCAGAAGUAGGUCAACCAAUGAUAUCUAAGAGAGAGGCGAGAACAGGGGCGCUGGUUCAGGCUUCAGUGGUUCCUAACAGUGUCGAAAGAACAAAUUCUGGGACGAGGAAGCGGAAAGUGCCGGCUUGGGAUAGUAUGAUUUUUAAUAGCAGACCGGCCAGAAGGGCACACUCUACUAAUUCUCAGACAACGGAAUUCAAGGGUGUCGUGAAGUCAUCUAAAAAUCUCACUGAAGAGCAGCAAAGGGUGAUCAGAGUUGCUAAGGCGAGAAAGAAUUUAUUUUUCACAGGUGCCGCAGGUACUGGUAAGUCGUUUCUGCUCAAGGAACUCAUUAGCCAGCUUAACAGCUCCCACAGACCUGGCGCGGUAGCAGUGACUGCUACUACAGGAUUAGCAGCCAUCAAUGUCGGUGGACAGACCCUUCACAGAUGGGCUGGCAUCGGGCUUGGCAAGGACCCUGUGGAUGAUUUAGUCAAGCGUAUCAAGAAAAACAAAAAGUCCGUUUCUCAGUGGCAGAAUGCAGCGGUACUUAUUAUAGAUGAGGUGUCUAUGUUAGAUGGUGAUUUAUUCGAGAAACUUGACAAAAUUGGCAGAGAGAUUCGUAAAUUCCCACGAGUCCCCUUUGGUGGCAUACAAGUCAUUGUCUGUGGUGAUUUUUAUCAACUGCCUCCCGUUCCUGAUAAAGGCAGGAAAGUCUCGUUUUGCUUUCAAACUAAAAUCUGGCAGGAAGCCAUCGAAGAACAGAUUGAAUUGACAACUGUGUUUCGACAAGAAGGGGACCAACGAUUAAUUAACAUGCUCAGCGCUUUGAGACAGAACAAUCUCACUCCCGAGAUUAUUUCACAGUUCAAAGCCCUACAACGUCCUCUCGUUUACAAGGAUGGAAUAGAACCUAUUGAACUUUAUCCAACAAAGGAGCAAGUAGCUAGGGCUAACAAACAGAAGCUUGCGAAUUUGAAGGGUCUUUCGUUUCAUUUCCCAGCUAAGGAUAUUGUUCAAAGCGGUCAUGAAUUUAUUGCGAAGGCUUUUUUUAAUAGCUUGUUGGUAGAUGAUGAGCUAACUCUGAAGUUGGGUUGCCAAGUUCUUUUUGUUAGGAAUGAUUCUGAAAAUAACUUGGUCAACGGUUCACAAGGAAGAGUCAUCUCAUUUGUAGCUCAGAGAGAUAUGUGGGAGAGCCUGGCAAGUGAUAGCGCUGCAUUCGAAGCUUAUUCCUCCUGCAUUAAGAACUGUCCAGCUGGUAUCACGUUGGGGUCUUAUAUAAGACAAGAAAUAGGAAAGAUGCAAAUUGAGGACAACUCUAUUAAGCUACUUGAAGCUCUUGCAACCCAAUGUGAUAACCGAAGCUUAUACCCUGUGGUCGAUUUCGACGGCAACAAACAAUUUAUUGAACCUCAUGAGUUCAAGUUGGAAAACACUGCUAAACAACCAGUUGAAGUAGUGGCGACAAGAUCACAUUUGCCGUUAAUUCUCUCAUGGGCUCUGUCUAUUCACAAGGCUCAGGGCCAGACACUACCAAGAGUGAAAAUGAAUUUGACCCGGUCAUUCGAGAGUGGUCAGGUAUAUGUAGCUGUAUCCCGUGCUACUUGUACAGAUUCUCUCGAAAUUGUCGGGUUUGAUCCUCGAACCGUCAGAGUCAACGAAGCAGUACGAGAGUUUUAUAACCGAUUGAAGGGCACUGGGCAACCAAUAUAA